AUGGGUGAGGCAACGGAAUCGUCAAUACCCAAAACGGCGACGUCAAGGCCACUGCCCUUCCGGGAAGAUUGCUGGUCGGAAGAGGCCACAUCAACCCUUGUUGACGCUUGGGGUCGGCGGUAUUUGGAGCUUAACAGAGGAAACCUCCGGCAAAAAGACUGGCAAGAAGUGGCUGAUUCGGUGAACGCCCUUCAUGGCCACACGAAGAAAACUCGGCGAACUGAUGUCCAGUGCAAGAAUCGAAUCGAUACCCUGAAGAAAAAGUACAAGAUCGAGAAGGCCAAAAUAGCAGAAUCAAAUGGGGUUUUUACGAGUUCUUGGCCAUUCUUUUUGCGAUUGGACGUGUUAAUUGGAGUUGGAGUUGGAGUUGGGCUUGGAGUUUCAUCUAUUGGGUCAGUGAAACAAAAGAAUGUUACCCAGACAUCUAAACAUAUAUCUGUUGCUGGUGUUUCAGAGUCACCGAUAUUAUCACCACCACUGCUGCCGCCUAUGGCGUUGGCUCUAACAUACAAGAAAAUGCCGGUGACCCCGCUGGUGAUGCCGCAAAAGAGGCCGGUAGAGGCUGUGGAUGAUGGGUAUUUUAGGAGGAAUUAUUCGGCCGUGGCGGCAGCGGCGGCAAAGGGGGUGGAGGAAGAGAAAGAGGAGGUGGAAGAGGAGGGGGACAGUGAUGAGAGUGAAGAGGAAAUAGAGGGGGGCAUGAGGAAGUUGGCGAAGGCGAUUGAGAGUUUUGGGGAGAUAUAUGAGAGGGUUGAGGGGACGAAGCAGAGGCAGAUAGUGGAGUUAGAGAAGCAGAGGAUGCAGUUUGCUAAAGAUUUGGAGGUUCAGAGGAUGCAGCUGUUUAUGGAUACUCAGGUUCAGUUGGAGAAGAUCAAGCAGGCCAAGAGGUCGGGCUCUUCGGAUGGUAAGAGUUUGAUAUCUAUUUAUCUUUCUAGUUACACUGUUUGUGAUUCGUUUAGGCUUUAA